GUAUGGCGGCAGGCUUCGAAAGUUCUGUAUGUUAUGUUUCUAUUUUGCACUUUUACACUCCGGUGACACCGUUUCUCGCCCAUGUUGAAGCCGGGCUUCACUUCUCCCAGGCAGACUUUGUGGCCCGGUGGAUGCCAAAUAGCACCAGAGCCGGGGUCAUCCUCAGCCCCUGCCCGGAUUUGGCAGGCUCCUUGAGACACAACUCUGCCAUGGGACCCUCCUCCCUGGAGCCAGACGACUCCUUUGCAUCCGAUUUCGCCCCUCUGCCCGGCUCAGCAGACAGCAGCUGCCUGGGUGUGGAUGGAUUUACUCGGUCACCUGGAGGAGCGAGAGCUGGGACGGACAUGCCAGUGAACGGUCUGUCCUCUGGGAGACAUUUAGAUGGAGAGUUGGACAGUUUGGACGAGAUGGCAAGCAAAUCACAGGAUCUGCCCCUAAGGAUGAAGCUUGAACAGUUGAGGAAAUGGCAGCAGCAGAUGCAGGAGCAGCUGAAAGCCAAUCAGCUGGGGGAGCUGCUUCGCCUCCAGGAGGAGCAGCAGAGGCUGCUGGGAAUGAUGAAUGGAUCUCAGCACUGUGCAGGAGUGACAAAGUGUUUCCUUUGUUGUUGUUCAGGUGACACCAAGGAUGUGGAGAUCCCCAGAAGAGACCUGGAGGUGGUCAGGGGCCAGAUGGUGAUGUUAGAGGCGUGGUACAGCCCCCUCUCAGACAUCAACAAAAACUCUGUCGUGUGGCUCUUAGAGGGGAAAGAAUCAAAGCCGGUGAUAACCUUUAGCUCAGGCGAGAUAGGGCACGGUCAGAACGAGUUCACCAAGAGAGUGGGCUUCAGUGCGCACAUGCCCUCCGCCAACCUCUCCAUCUACAUCAACAACACCCAGGAGACUGACUCCGGGUCCUACGCCUGCACUGUCAUCAUCCCUGGAAGUGCUGUCAUUUUGGGAAAGGUGCGCCUUAAUGUCAAAGUCCCUCCUUCCCCCCCGCUGUGCACCCUGACGGGGAACCCAGUGAUGAAGGGCAACGUGACUCUGAGCUGUCAGUCCAGUCAGGGAAAACCUGUCCCUCAGUACAAAUGGACCAAAGCUGCACCCACGUCUGAGGUGUUUUUCUCCCCCAUGCAGAAUGAGAGACAUGGCACCCUCAGGCUGAGCAACCUCACUAAAAGCAUGUCAGGGAAAUACAUCUGCAGAGCCAUCAACACGGCGGGCUCCGACAGCUGCUCCAUUAACCUGGAGGUUAUCACCUCUUCCAAUGCAGGAAUGAUUGCAGCUGCUACACUGGGGUCCAUAGUGGGACUGGUGGCCAUGGUGCUCUUCCUCAUAUUCAUACUGAAAAGGAGAAAGGACACUGAGGAGGAGAUGGCCAACGAGAUCAAGGAGGAUGCUCAGGCACCAAAGAGAGUAUCAUGGGCGAAGAGUAACACCGGCUCUGACAUCAUAUCCAAGAACGGCACGCUGUCCUCCAUAGCCACCAGUCCUCGACCCCGAGACCCCCGCCAUCCUAACUACAACUACCCAUACUCCCCGGCGUCCACAUCAGACACCGGCUCAGUUCUCCACGCCUACCAGCUGCGACCUGGAGAAGCCAACACACUGCAGGGUCUCCCGGGGUACAACAGCGGAGGAACCCCACGCAAACAUAAGAGACCCCGCUGCACAAAUGGGGACCCUGCGCAGCUUCUGAGGAGCCCUGCGGUCGCCAACAGGACUGAGGGGGCUCAGCCUCAGGUGCCCCCUCCCCUCGCUGUGUCCCCACAAAUGAGCUGCUCCACUCUGACACACCUGGGCUCUGUAGCCAUCAUGGUGCCCGCGCAGAGCCAGGCCGGGUCGCUGGUGUAGGCCGGCCGGAGGACAGGGGUUAGGGGGGAGAGAAAGUAUGCCUUGAAACUCAAAAGUACUUUCUCUGUGAAGACUUAUAAGGAUGUGAGAGAAGAAAACGUCCCGCAGGUCCCUUUGGUUGUUCAUUUCUUUUUGUAAGAAAUAUAUUUUUUAUUUACUCUUAUUAAGAGAUCUUUAAUGAUACCCAGUAGCAUUAGGAUUUGUAGGCAGUGAACAUAAAAGGCCAAUGUUUUCAGGAGAGUUGUUGACUUACUAGAGUUUAUGGAUACUAACCAUGUUUCAGUUCAUUUGGCAGUUUGCUUUGAGUUUUGCAGUUCUUGCUAAAUAUAUGCUGGCCAAAUUUGUGUAAUAACUGUAGCCAUACAAGUGUAUGAUUUCAUUUCUACAGCUGUGUAAAGAUGCAUUUUCAGUCCCUUUCUCUCAGGCUAAAGGCACUAUGUCAAAAUCACAAUUCAGGUAUUUCAAAUGUAUCAUUCUUGCUUUCUUUGAACCACAUGUACGUGUUAUGUGUUCACGUACUGUAAGUUUUGUUUUAUUGAACCUACUGCAAUAUCAGUAUGGUUCAAUGACAAUGUCUGCUGGGAGGACAUUUUUUUUUUAUUUGCCUGUUAUGGUAGUUGGAAUGUUACCAACAUAGUAAGUACAACAUGUUGAAGUUGAUGGUUUCUUACUAUUCUGUUCAAAGGUGCUUGUUUUAACUUGAUAUAAUUACUGUAAACACACAAGGCCACCAGUCAGUGAGAUAAUGACAACUUCUGGCUGUUGGUCUUGUUUGUUUUCUUGUGAGUAUAAUGUAGCUCUGAAAAAAGAUGUGGCACUAAGCUAUGCUGAGGGUUACAUGUAGCACUUUUACUGCAGUUUUGAUUGUUGGUCAUUUUUCUUCAAUAAAGUGUUCUGGAGUGUUUGAUUUUAGCAUGACUCAUCUUUAUCACUUUACCUAUAAAUAUAUUUGUACUCAUG